CAGCCGAGAACAUCAGAAAACACGUCGUCACAUGCCCGAUUGCAAUAAAUCGGUCUCGUAGCCGUUGUAUCGAUUGGCGACUGAUCCUAUGUCUUAGGAUAUUAUAUCAUAGUAAUGCGCAUCUUAUGCGUGGCUGAAAAGCCGUCUAUUGCGAAAGCAGUAGCAAAUCAUCUAGCAGGGCGUGUAGUCACGCAUAAUGUCAAUGGCACACCAUACGUGAAGAACUAUUGUUUCGAUUACAACUUCCGGCAAUGGGGACAGAGCAGCGUCACCUUUACCAGUGCUCAAGGGCAUAUCACCAGCUCAGACUUUGGACCCAGGUAUAAGAGCUGGCAGUCAUGUCUACCCAUCGCUCUAUUCGAAGCUGACAUUAAUACGACUAUUGAUGAUAAAAUGAAGCCGGUUGCAGAGAACAUCAGACAACAAUCUCGAUAUGCGCAGAUUGUUUUCAUCUGGACCGACUGUGAUCGUGAAGGCGAAUACAUCGGAUCAGAGAUCAGAGACCUUGCCGUUGCAGCAAAGCCUGGGAUCCAGGUCAAAAGGGCACGAUUUAGCAACAUCGAAAGAAACCAUGUAAUCCAAGCUGCUGGGAAUCCUGUUGACCUGGACGAACGGCAAGUCCAGGCAGUCGCUGCGAGGAUUGAGCUCGAUUUCCGCUUGGGAACAGCCUUUACGCGAAUGCAGACACUGGCAUUAAAGCCACUGGUGGAGCAAGCAGAUCCAGGCUACAAAGUCAUAAGCUAUGGAUCUUGUCAAUUUCCGACGCUUGGCUUUGUGGUUGAUCGAUAUCUCCGUGUCAAGAAUUUCAAACCGGAGCCUUUCUGGUACAUCAAGGUUUCCCACAAGAAGGACGAUAUAAACGUCAAUUUCACGUGGUCCCGUGGUCAUCUGUUUGACCGCAUGGCCGUCACCAUCAUGUUCGAGCGCUGUCUGGCGGCGAAACAAGCCAAAGUCGUCGAAAUGUUGACCAAACCCACGAGCAAAUGGCGGCCACUGCCCCUUACAACGCUAGAGUUGCAAAAAUGUGGAAGUCGAUUCCUGCGGAUGACUGGUCAGGAAGUCAUGAAACACGCAGAAAAGCUGUACACGGCUGGCUGGAUCAGCUACCCUCGUACCGAGACUGAUCAAUUCAGCAAAGACAUGGACCUCAAGAAGCUCGUUGAGAAGCAACAGCAGUCACAGCAGUGGGGUCAAUAUGCCGAGAUGCUUAUGGGAGGUGGUUUCAAUCAACCCCGCGUAGGCCGUAACAAUGAUGAAGCGCAUCCUCCCAUCCACCCGGUCAAUUUCGUAGUGCCUACACAGCUGAGUGAGCCCGAGAAACGAGUGUAUGAGUUUGUCACGCGUCGAUUUCUCGCGUGCUGCUCUGAAGAUGCCAAGGGUGUGUCGGCGGAACUUGGAAUCGAAUGGGGCGUGGAGAAGUUCAAUGCGAAAGGAUUGACAGUCCUGCAACGCAACUAUCUCGAUGUGUAUCCGUACGAUAAGUGGGAAAGUAGCCAACAAUUGCCACCAUUCACGGUGGGAGAGACGUUCAUACCGAUGGAAGCAAAGAUCACAGAUGGAAAGACCACGGCGCCUAGCUACUUGACAGAGCCAGAAUUGUUGUCACUCAUGGACGCCAACGGUAUAGGAACGGACGCGACGAUGCAUGAGCAUGUCGAGAAAAUCAAAGAUCGCAAUUAUGUCAUGACGCGCAGUAUUGGCGGCAGUAGAGCUCCUGCAGCCGUAGCUGAGAGUGCCGAGACUACCCGCGGUGGACGCGGCGGCAGAGGGCGAGGGCGAGGCGGACGCGGAGGAGCCGCAGCUACGGCACGUGGAGGUAGUGGUAUGCUGGAAUUCAUUCCAACCACGUUGGGCGUCGCCCUAAUUGAGGGGUACGACCAAGUUGGGUUCGAGACAAGCCUGGGAAAGCCUCAUCUACGGAAAGAAAUGGAACUGCAAAUGAAGGCAAUUUGUGCGGGCACGAAGACAAAGUACGAGGUGGUGCAGCAGAAUCUUGACCAAUAUCGGAAUGUGUACAGCAGGUCGGUCCAGCAGAUUGACGUCCUCAAGACCGCGAUACGCAAAUACGUGCUACAGCAGAACGUGGGCUGAACUAUGGUCCACUAUACUCGACAAAAGCUCCGAGAAGCUUCCAUUCCGUUUCAUCGACGCAUAUGAGUUACGUCAAGCGAUGAACAAGACGAGAGCGGGCGUUUGACGAGAGACGCAUGAUGGAAGCAGUAGCUCUUGGCGAGGUAGUACGGCAGAGGCGCGGCUCGCGAC